CCGGCUCGGCGUUGCCAUGGCGCCGCCCGAGCGCCCCGGUGGGCCUAGCCGCGUGGCCCGGGUCUCCCGCGGCCUCUGCUUCAGCGCCUCGCACCGGCUGCACAGUAAGUCAUUGAGCGAUGAAGAAAACCAGAAACUUUUUGGGAAGUGCAAUAACCCCAACGGGCAUGGCCAUAAUUAUAAAGUGGAAGUCACUGUGCAGGGAAAGAUCGAUCCAACCACAGGGAUGGUGAUCAACCUCACAGAUUUAAAAGACUACAUGCAGGAAGCCAUCAUGGAACCUCUAGACCACAAAAAUCUGGAUAAGGAUGUCCCCUACUUUGCCGACGUCGUGAGUACCACCGAGAACGUUGCGGUGUUCAUCUGGGAAAACCUCCAGAAACGUCUCCCGAAGGGGACUCUUUAUAAAGUCAAAGUGUACGAAACAGACAAGAACAUUGUCGUCUACAAGGGAGAGGAGGCUCUUCCUCGAAGAAUUGAUGCUGUAUGUGUCUCGGCGCCCCAGUCUGUCGCUGGAGAAUGAACCUAAUCAGUGGAUUGAUGAACGUUAUCGGAUAAGUGUAGCUGUCACGUGUAUAUUUUUUUCAAAAUGUAAUUCAAGGGAAUUAUAGCGUUCCGGCUAGAAGAGGCUCUCUUGUGCAGCUCUGUGCCUUGGGGAUUUGUUGCUCUCUCGACGCUUCUUCACCAAAACAUUCCAUUUCUCAAAGCUGCAAAUUCCCCUCCAUUUCAUUUCUAUUAUCCUGAGAGUUGGGGAGAGAAGAGUUUUAAUUCCUUGUCAAGAUGCACGCAAAGCCCAGUGCCUCUGGUUCGAAUCUUGCCUCUCCUAUGACCUCCAUAAGCUGCCUGCAGUCAGCCCAGGAUCUACAGUGUGGAGGUAAUAUUGCCCUACCUGACCGGAUUGUUGUAAGGAUUGCAGAGAGGUAAUUUAUACAAAAUGAUUUGAAUAGUCUCAAGUGCUGUAUAAAGGUGGACUAGGAAUAUCACUGUGCCAGACUUUUUUGUACCGAGGUCUGAGUUUCCUGCCUGAUAAUAAUUAUAUGCCUUUUUUAGGUUACAGGAGUUUUACUGUUUUUAAUAGAGUGGAGAAAAUAUAAGUGAAUAAGAGAUGGCCACUGACAUAGAGAGCUUUUUUAAAGGGGU